AUGUUGACGCCUUAUGCAGCGACCAUAGAUGGAUUGCCUCAUGAUGCCCUGGGACGGAUCGCAUUGUCAGGAUCGAGUGAGGAAGAUACCGAGAUGGAUGAGUUGGAUGAGACAAACAAGCUUGACGAGAUCAACAAGCUCAAUGAGCCGAACAAGAUAUCAUGUCACUUUCCCAGGCUACCCAACGAGAUAUGGGACAUGAUCGCUUCGUACUUCGUCGAAGACAUCGAGGAAGAGCUCUUCGGGCCAACAGUCCAACUCCUAGAUAAAGGCAUGGACAAGGCUAGCGCCCGGAAAUUGCGAGAGCUGCGAGCCUUGAACAAAAGCUUUUAUUUGCGGAUCUCACCUCUUUUCGCCCGACACAUCCAAAUCAACGCAGCACGCGCCGGGGUUCCCCGACCAUUUCCGCUGCUUGUCUAUCUGACCAACAGCGACUACAACACCCAUGUUCUUCGGGCCGACAUCGCAACCACAAUCGGCUUGUCCAGCGGCGUGAUGCCCUGCCUGCGCAAACUACCCAACGUCCGAGCUCUGAACUACGACUACCAAGUUCGCGAGUCCCUGACCCCCGGAGAAAUGGUCUAUAUCUGCAACAUCGUCAUGCGCACGCUCUACGAACUGCCGCUUCUGUACCUGACCGAGCUCCGCAUCAGUUUCCCCGUCAUCGAAGACAACUCAGGCUUCUUCCCUCUUGCGUUCUCCAUGGCCCACGGAGACGUAUCGCACGUCCUUCCGCGUCUCACCAACCUGGAGGUGUCGAUCCCGACUUACCGCUUCCACGACAUUCCCAUGCCGGCGGGAGCCCUGGUCAUGAACCGUAGCUUCUCAGCCUGGAUGUUCUGGCUUGUCCACUGCUCGACGAACCUCCAGUGCCUGACCAUCCGAUCCUCCGGCGGGGUGCUGGACCUCGACUGGGCGGACCUCGAGCACCUGACCAAGCUCCGCGUGCUCAGACUGGAAGGCGUAUGCCUGUCGGCCGCGACGUUUGGGCGGUUCCUCAGCCUAUCCUAUCAGACACUUCACACCGUCGAGUUGACGGGCGUCGCGCUGCACAGCUGCACCUGGGAGCGGGUCCUGUGGACGUUGGUGCAGCUUCCCGGCCUGCUGAAUUUCCGGAUUCUCGAUUGCGCGUACUCGGCCCAGGGCGCGAGUCGACACCGCGAUCCGCCUGUGCUGACGCCGCAUGGCCCCGAGGUGAGCGAAACCGAGGCGGCGUAUGCGCUCCGCGCGCUGAUGUGUCGGGUCAAUGCGAACCGGCUGGGCUUGGGCAUGGAGCGCAUUGUUCUCUGGGAGAUUCUGUAG